AUGGCGGCUCUGGGGGCUCACUUUGUAGGUAAUCAUCGCUUGCUUUCGGAGGAGGAUCGGUUUUUGAACCACCGUGUAAUGCGUAUCAGUCGGAGUGCUCGACCGGCCGCGAUUUCCUGCUGCACUGACUCCGGUGGCGGAAAAAUGUCCAUUAAGGCGUUAGCGAAAUUGGAAUCGAUAUCGAAAGCGACACUUCCGGCGUGUAUCGAGGGAGAGGAGAGGAGAGCUCUAGCGAUGAAGACCAUGGAACACUGGAUGCGGGAGUCGGUGGUUGAGAUCGUACAGAAUUUGAGGGGAUCGUCGUCGUUGCUGGCCGAGGUUUAUACGGAGGGGAGAGGCGGUGAGUUUACAUUGAAGAUAGGGAAGGCGGGGGCGGAGGAUUGGCCCGAGAUUAAAGAAAAAUGGAAGAAGGGUGAGACGUCAUCGCCUGAUGGUAUCAUAGUGGUGGAAGAGCUCAAGGAUGAGGGAGAAGAAGAUACAAAAGUGAAAAAGGAGGAGAGAUUCUGGGGGUUGAUGGUUCAGGGUAAGGGGUUUGAUUGUGCACCUUGCUGUUACGUUCUCAAGACUAACAGACCGAAUACCAAUUUGCAUAUUUCCUGCACAUACUUUGUUUUGAUCAAAGUUCAAAACUUCAAUGACUCGGCCAAAUCACAGAUAGAUAGAUCUUUCUUGGUUGAGUGA